AUGCACGUGGAGUUUGCCGUGCCCUCGCCCUCCGACAGCUCCACGGACUACCACCAGCUCGACAUGGCCAGCGGCCAGACGCCCCCGUGCUCCGUGGGCACCAACGACCCGCCGUCGAUGCACGCGUCGGUGACGUCCCAGGCGCAUCCGCACCGGAGCACGCGCCGAAACAACACAUUCAAUGGCGCGCCCAACGAAGAAGAGCAGCGCAACAUCAUAUCGCUGCGGUAUCGUGCCGACAGUAUGGCCGACUCGGUCGCGUCGGAUACGAAAUCGGACGCCGAAGCCAAGUUGUGGAACUUGUUUGAGCAAGUCUUUUGCUUCCUCAAGGGCAUGACCAUCUACCAGACGCGACGACGGCUCAAGUUUACGAUCGUGUCGCAGACGGUCAUCAACUCGCUGCGUAUUUUCCCCAUCAUCUUGGGCCUGAGCUUCCAAGCCACUGUGCCUGUUCUCAUUCUGUACGUCACACUCGUGCUGGGCUGGCACGGCACCAAGUUCCUCGUGCCCAAGUUUCUGCUUAGCUACAAGAUCGGCAUGCAGCUCACGCUGCUCGUGGACGUCAUUUGGUACUUUAAGGGCUACAACGGCAGGCUCAAUAGUGUCAGCAGCGGCACUUCUGUGCUCAUGCAAGGGUUUUUCUCCAUUCUGCUGACGAUGCUGAACAUCAUGGGUUUCCUGUAUGGCUGGAAGCUCCGGCGAAUCGUCAAGGCGGUGCAGAAUCAGCGAGAAUGUGACCGCGCAGCUCUCGCGACGAUGAUGCCGUCCCCGCAACGGACCACUUCGGUGCACCAGACGCUGUCUGUGAACCCGUCGGCCGGGGAGGUGGACAAGGAUGUGGGCCCGUCAAUGCGUCGCAAGUUCACCGUAGGACCGGGCGUUGCGAAGAAGAGAGAGCGGCGCAGUCAGGCAGGUGUGUCGUCAAGGCUGCCUGGUGUUUUAAUGACCAGAACGCAGCAGAGAAAGGAGGCGGAGGCUCAAGAGGCGGCACCCGUAUUCUGCUCCAACUUGAUCGUCACGAGCAAGUACACGUACUACAACUUCCUGUUCGUUUUCCUCAAGAUGCAGUUCAGUCGCCUGGCGAAUCUGUACACGACGAUUGUGGUGGCGCUGUGUUUCUUCGACUUUUCGCCGGUGAGUCCCGUGGCUAGUCUGACGCCGCUGCUGAUUGUGUUUGCGACGUCUGCGCUGAAGGACGUGAGCGAGGAUCUUCGCCGCCAGAAGGGGGAUGCCACGGUGAACUCUAGGUCGGCGCACAUUGUUCGUCACGAUGUGGCAGAUGAGGUGAUACACAUCGACGGCACUUGGCAAGAUAUUGAAGUUGGUGACGUUUUGGUAAUGAAACACGGCGACCAGGUUCCUGCUGACUGUAUCUUGUUGGCGACGAGUCGCCCCGAUGGCCGGUGCUACGUGGAAACGGCCAACUUGGAUGGUGAAACAAACCUAAAAAUUCGCCAAGUGGCCAGCUGCACGAAGCACUUUUGUAGCGCUGAAGAGAUUUUGGAACGUCACAAACUUGAGGUGGAGAUUGAUAUGCCGAACAAGGAUUUGUUUUACUUUGACGGUGUGUUGAAGCUCGAGAAAGUCGGCCACGGGGCUGCCGCGAAUGCUAAGGAGGAUCUAGAAACCAGUUUGACGAUGGGCAACCUGAUUUUGCGUGGAAGUGAAUGCCGCAACGCUGAGUGGACGCUUGGACUUGUGAUCUACACGGGCAAAGAGACUAAGGUUCAGAUGAACUCGGUUGCUGUGCCUCUGAAACGUAGUUUUGUGGAGAAGACGUUGGACACGAUGUUCGUACUGGUUUUGAUGCUGCUUUUUGCAAUCUCGAUUGCCUGCACACUGGGCAACAACAACUGGAAUCUGGAUCUGGCCGAAGAUGCUACGCCGUGGUACAUCCAAGAAGAGACGAAUGGCUACAUCUUUUUGAGCUACGUGAUUCUGUUCAACAACUUGAUUCCGCUGUCCAUGUACGUGACGAUGGAAGGUGUGCGAUUCGUUCACGCACGCUAUAUCGAAAAUGACGUGGAAAUGUACGAUGCGAAGACCGAUACACCAGCCCAGGUCCGCAACAGCAACAUUAACGAAGAUCUCGGUCAGAUUCAGUACAUCUUUUCCGACAAGACGGGCACACUUACUUGCAACGAAAUGAUUUUUGCAAAGUGUACCAUUGGCGGACUGCGCUACAAUGACGUUGAAUUUGACUCUGCGAAACAAGUUAGACCCGGCACAAAGUUUGACGAUGGUCGAUUGCUGGCGCGUCUGGACUCGAACCAUUCAACGAAGCAGGAGAUUCACGAUUUCUUGUUGUUGUUGACAAUAUGUAACACCGUGAUUCCUGAGUUAAAUGUUCCGUCGUCACCUACAUCAGAUAGCGAUUCGUGCUCAGCCCAGACUCCGACGAUCAAAUACAACGCGUCGUCUCCGGAUGAAGAGGCGCUUGUGCUGGCUGCCGCAGACCUCGGCUACGUACUGACUUCGCGUGACGGUCCAAUAUGCCACACUAUCAUUCGGGGCACGCCGAUGUCGUUCGAAAUUCUGAAUGUGUUGGAGUUCAACAGUGAUCGAAAACGUAUGUCAGUGAUUGUGCGAUUUCCCGAUGGGGAGAUUGUGCUCUACUGCAAGGGUGCUGAUGAUAUCAUUUUUGAAUUGCUGUCGAAAUCACAGCCGCAGGGCGUCUCGCACGUGACACGCGGCCACCUCCAGGAGUAUGCAUCGGAAGGUCUCCGGACACUGACGACAGCUAUACGGCGCCUUACGCAAGAGGAAUAUGAACAGUGGAAUCAGUUGUACCGCCAGGCGGAAUUCUCGAUGGAGGGACGCGCCGGUAAGAUUGCUCAGGUCUCUGCCAUAAUUGAGGUUGAGCUGACGUUGCUCGGUGCGACGGCUAUUGAAGAUCGACUGCAGGACGGCGUGGAGGAGUCAAUUUGUGCACUGCGUAAAGCGGGCAUCAAGUUCUGGGUGCUUACGGGCGACAAAAAGGAAACUGCGCUAAGUAUCGGCAUGUCGUCCCAUGUGAUUGACGACAACAUGGACGUGAUUGUAUUGGGCCAGCGUGACAAGGGAUCUUUACGCACGAGAUUGGAGGAGUUGUACGUCGAUCUUGUUGAAGACAAGUGGGGCUCCGACGAGACUUCAUCGGCGGUUAGUGUGCUUUUGGAAGCCUUGAAGCGAGCAGUUUUGUACUUGUGGGAUCUUGUGAAGCUGGCUCUGCUCGGACGCGACGAAGAAGCCGAGGCCCGGAAGAAACGGAGACGGCAACCGCGCCGGGAUCAUGCUGGUGUAGCUGCACCGGCAGGUGGUAGUUCUUUCCAGCAGGAAGACGUAUAUCCGGCGCCACCGAGACGCGAUGUGUCUGAGAUCAGCUUGGAUCGAGAUUUGUGUGACCAUGACUUUGAGCCAAAAACUGAUGCAGUUACCGGUGGCACUGGUAGUAUGAGCAGUGGUGAAUAUGUGGACGAGGAGCUGGAAUUUGCAAUGGUGAUUGACGGCAAAACACUCGCGCUUGUGCUUGACGAUGACAUUAAGUACCUUUUCUUGGCAGUAGCUACGCAAUGCAAGUCGGUGAUCUGCUGUCGUUGUUCCCCCGCUCAGAAAGCGUCGGUGGUGAAGCUUGUUACGGAGCCUACUCUCAUGUUUUCUCCGGGCAAUAUUACGCUUGCGAUCGGCGAUGGUGCAAAUGAUGUACCGAUGAUUCAGGCCGCGAAUGUGGGUAUUGGCAUUAGUGGAAAAGAGGGCCGCCAGGCUGUACUGUCCAGUGAUUACUCAAUCGCCGAGUUCCGGUAUUUGAAACGCCUCCUCUUGGUUCACGGCAACUACAGCUACAAGCGGAUUUCCAAGCUCAUUUUGUUCUCGUUUAUGAAGAACGUGGCGUUAUCUCUGUCCAACUUUUUCUUGGCGAUGGAGACAAUGUACAGCGGUUUGCUGAUGUACUUCAGCAUCUUCUUUACGCUGUACAACGCGCUCUUUACGACGAUUCCGAUCGUGGUUAUUGCCAUGUACAAUCAGGACGUGUCUCCUGCUGUGCUGAUGCAGUACCCGACGUUGUACGUGAACGGUCUGAAAAACAGGUCGUUCAACUGGCUCUCCUUUUUCGGCUGGUGCGGGCUUGGCGCGUGGCACGCUUACGUUGUGUACUCAGUACCAUUCUUUUCGAACGGCUCCGUCGUUUGGUACUUUUCGAGCGAUUCCGCUAAGAUCCAGUUUGACAAGCGCGAUUUGGGUCUCUGGGCAAACGGUGUCGCAUCGUAUACGUACUUGAUCACAGCCUCGACGGUGCAGGUCUCGCUAAUGACUAGUAACUGGACACGGACGAACGCCAUUUCCACUGUCGGCACUCUGGCGUUCUAUUACUUGUUUACCGCAUUCUUCUGCGCCGUGUUUGGAUGGACUUCGACCGACUUUUACGACACAGAGGUUGGCUACGGCGUAGUGGGCCAACUUGUUGGCGAAUGGUGGUUCUGGCUCGGCCUUCUGUUUACUGCAGUGGUAGCUGUCUUGCCGAAUUACAUCGCAAAGGCCGGGCGAGUGUUAUUUUAUCCGGAGCCAUCUCAUCUCAUGCGCGAGUGGAAUCGUUUGGCCAAGGGCGAAGACGCUGCCAUCAUGGCGAAUUCUCCGCGACUUGUACGCCGCAACACGGGCUUUGCUUUUUCACACUGUCCCGGUGAAACGGAGAUGGCGUUGGGUAUCCACCAGAACAGUACUACGAGAGACCAGUCGCGAGCGGGGCUUUUGUCGGACUGUGCAGAGGUUGGCGUGCGUGCGCUGUCGCUGUCUUCAUCCACAGCAGACGGAUCUUCGCCGCGCUCCCCUAAAGCAUCGUACUAG